GAGGCGGUCACAGCCUCACCCCCAUCGCUCUCAGGAGGAGGCUCUUUUCUUUGCGGCCGGCCGGCAACCACGAUGGGGAGCCCGGCCUUUGUUUGAGUGAGUCCCCGGACCCGGCGGGAGCCUUUUCUCCUUCCUCCUCCUCCCCAGGCCAGGAUGGGCCAGGUGGCGUGGCGGGCGCUCUGCCUCUCGCUCUUCGACUACAAGACCGAGAAGUACGUCAUCGCCAAGAACAAGAAGGUCGGGCUCCUCUACCGCGCGCUGCAGAUCUCCAUCCUGGCCUACCUCGUCGGGUGGGUCUUUGUGGCCCGGAAGGGCUACCAGGAGGUGGAGGCGUCCAUCCAGAGCUCGGUCAUCACGAAGGUCAAGGGCGUGGCCUUCACCAACUCCUCCGCCUUGGGCGAGCGCCUCUGGGACGUGGCCGACUACGUGGUGCCCCCGCAGGGCGAGAGUGUCUUCUUCGUCAUGACCAACCUGAUCGUCACCCCGAACCAGUGGCAGAGCACCUGCCCGGAGAGUGCUGGCAUUCCGGACGCCUUGUGUUACCAUCACAGCGAUUGCCCGCGGGGCGAAGCCGUCGUUGCCGGAAACGGGGUGAAGACGGGGCGCUGCGCGAAGGACGGAGGCAGCCGGAGCGGGACCUGCGAGAUCCUGGCCUGGUGUCCCUUGGAGGAGAAGAAGGGCCGACCCAAGAAACCCCUCCUGGCCAACGCCGAGAAUUUCACCGUUUACAUCAAGAAUUCCAUCCGUUUUCCCCGCUUCAAGUUCUCCAAGACCAACGUGCUGGAGACGGAGGACGGCAACUACCUGAAGGGCUGCCGCUAUGGGCCCGAGCACCCCUACUGCCCCAUCUUCCCCUUGGGGGACCUCGUCCGGUGGGCCGGGAGCGACUUCCAGGAAAUGGCCUCCGAGGGCGGCGUGAUCGGGAUCCAGAUCGAGUGGAACUGCGACCUGGACCGGGCGCCCUCCCACUGCAACCCCCAGUACUCCUUCACCCGCCUGGACAACCGUUUCGCUGCCAAAUCCAUCUCCUCCGGGUACAACUUCAGGUUUGCCAAAUAUUAUCGGGAUUCGUCCGGAGUCGAAUUCCGCACCUUGAUCAAAGCCUACGGCAUUCGCUUCGAUGUCAUGGUCAACGGGAAGGCGGGGAAGUUUAACAUCAUCCCAACGAUCAUCAAUGUCGGAUCCGGCCUCGCCUUGAUGGGUGCGGGAGCUUUCUUCUGCGACCUGGUGCUGCUCUACCUCCUCCGAAAAAGCAAUUUUUACCGAGGCAAAAAAUACGAGCAAGUGAGCAGGAAGCCCCUUCCCGAAAGCAAUGCCAACGGGAACCAAAGCUCCGAUUCGCUUUCCCGCCUGGAUCAGCUCGGACCCAUGCAAACCGUCCAGGCUUAAAAGGGCUUUAUUAUCGUCUUCCUUUUUAUUUUUACACCAAAAUGCAAAUAUAUAAAUAAAUAAAUAAAUAUGUAUAUACAUAUAA